GAUAGUGGAACAUACAUCGAUGCUCUUGCUCCUGGCGGGAGUGCAGCGAAAACAAAGAUGUUCCAGCCAGGGGACAAAGUUCUUGCGACAAGUGCUGUCUUUGGGAAUGAGAUCUGGCCAGCGGCAGAGUAUGGACGCACAAUGUACACUGUUCGUCAAAGAAUUGGACCUCUUCUCAUGAAGAUGCAAAAAAAAUACGGAGAAAGAGAAGAUCAGGCUGUAUCGUCUGGGAAACUCGCAGCGCAAAGAAACGCGAAUGUCAUCAGUGAGCAGCUUCGUGAAAUCCAGCUCAAGAAGCAAAGAGAAGAGGACCUUCGGGAUGGCCUUCAACUCUACAAAAAAUCAGCCUAUCAAGAAGCACUGUCAAAAUUCGAGUCUGUACUUGGAUCCAAGCCCGAGGGGCUUGAAGAAGCAAUCGCCAGCUACAAUGUAGCGUGCUGCUACGCAAAACUUGACCAGGUUGAAGCAGGGCUUUCAGCUCUGGGGGAGGCUCUGGAGGCUGGUUUUGAGGAUUAUAAGAAAAUAAGAACUGAUGAAGAUCUGGCAAGCUUGAGAGCAUCACCGGAAUUUAAAGCGUUGAUUGACAAGUAUGACGAGCCUAUAUUCAAUGAGAAUGCUGUCAAAGCUAUCAAAGGUCUCUUUGGUUUCUUUGGCAAAACAUAAGCAUACCAAAGUAAAUCAUUCUUAUUGACUCUUAUUCAUAUAUGUUUGCCAUCAAUAAAUAAUUAACUAUUUAUCA